CGACAGAAGAAGACGGAAGUUGCGGGAAAACUGAAGGAAGAGAAUCACGUCACGAUCACGGAGCUGAAAGAAAACAAGGUUAAAAAAUUAAAAAAUAAGGAAAAUCAACAUAAUGAGCCCCCAGAAUGUCACCGAGGUCAAAAGGGGAAUUGCUGCCCUUUGGGAGACUCUACAAUGCCCCAUAUGUCUGGAUUUAUUAACCAAACCCGUUUCUACCAAGUGCGAUCAUCAGUUUUGCAAAUUUUGCAUGCUGAAGCUAUUGGACAACAGCAAACUAAACGGAUCCAGCUGCCCUGUGUGUAAAGAAAAGAUAACAAAAAGGAGCUUGCAGGACAGUCCAGGUUUUCAGAGGCUUGUCACAGGCCUGCAAGACAUGAUCCACGCUUACGAACGCGACACGGGCACAAACUACUUUACUGGGUUUAUCCACAUCCAAGACGGCCGCCAAUCAUCUCUGACAACUGGUGACAUGAAGCAACAGGUUGAUGACAACAUGAAGGAUGUUGAGGAAGUUCUUCCAAGUUCUCACUCGUCAACUAUAGCAGCACUCAAUGGAUUUGCCAAAGUGAUGGGAUUUGAAGAUUCCAGUCAUUUGACAACAGAAAGCGAAGUUCAGGACAAGAUCCAAACAACGGAAUCCUUGGACUCGGUGGAGACAAGAGUCAAAGCAUCUGCUCGCAAAACUCGAGGGAAAGGGAGAAAAGACAACUUCAUGCCAGUUGAUCCAGAGCCUCUAAGACAAUCCUCCAGGCAGAAGCAGAAAAAACAUCCGGAACCUGACAAGAUCUUCGAGAAGAGGACGAGAAAAAGUGUCGAGAAGGUCAAAGAGUGGCUCAUGAAGGUCCCCGCUGAAGGGAGCCUCGAGUUGACGAAAUCCGCUGAGGGCGCCCCAGAUCCGGAUGACUCCGGCAGCUCCACUUCCACGUUGGACGUCGACGUGUUCAACAUCAGCGAGCCGAACCCAAAGAAGGAACUACCAGCCAAAGCUCUUGAGGAGCAAGUGUUUGGGGCCACCUACAAACGAGGCAGGAGAGCCAAAGUAGCCUUCUCUGUUCCGGGGAAUACCUUCACCGCACCAACGGUACAACCAUCGGGAAAACGACAAAGGAAGAAGAACACCCUGACACCGAGCUCUGAGGAGGAACGUGUAAAACAUCUAGAAGAAGAACUUCAAACGCUCCAAGAUGACAUCUGCAUGGACUCUUUUGAAGACAACGCUAACAACAAAACUCCAUGUCUCGUGUCCGCGAAGACAUUGCAGGUCGACUCCGAUUUGCAGGCCCAAGCCGAGACGGAAAGAUCAGCUCCAAAAAAAGCGGAAAAGAGGAGAGUUCACUCGGGAAGAGUCAAGCACACGAGAGCCGCAAAACCGCUUCUUCUGGUUUCCGGAGUUCAAAACGAAGAGAGCAAGCCGCCGUCGGAGGCGGUUCAGGUUCAUAUCGAGAACUACCCCAGCAGCGAGGACCAGGAUGUACCUGUCGCGAGGAACACCAGGAAAGGUCGGAAACGUUCCCUGUGCUCCCAGAUGAGCGUUCCCAAGAAAGGUGCAUCCGUGAAAACGUCAGCAUCGGAUUUAUUGGACGCGAAGCCGAAGAAAAGUAAUGGAUGCGUUUACGAUGAAGAGAUCGCCGCCAUCGAGAACAUGGAGAUCGGACAAACAGCGUCUUCCAUUAAGGAAGUUCCAGAAACCAGUGAGGAUCGUUCAGGUUCCCGUCAGAUCCAAAGUACUCCAGCAGAGGAGGAGGACUACAGUGAGGUGGACACGGAGCAACUUCUCAAGAGCUUCAAAGCCACUAAAAGGAAGUCGUUCAAUCUCAGGCGUCCAAAUGGAAAAAGGAGCCGCAGUGUGGAGAACCUCACCGACCUCACUAAUCCGACUUGUAGCGAUUUUAUUCCGCGGAUGGAGUCUCCAACGCAAGGAUCAGAUCAUGAAGAUGUCGGUGCUCUCCUCAGGAGUAGCGUCAGCAGCGCCUUGAGUCCCAACAAGGUGGCAAAAUAUGGAACGGAAAGUCCUUAUGUGUCCGUCGUUCCUCAUGUAGGAGAUUCCGGAAUCCGUUUUCAUGCUGUGGAACGUGAGGAGAUUCCCGAGUCUUCCGCAAAAGACGACCGCAGGAACGCGUUAGAACCGUCCCAACAUCUCUUGAAUGCCGAGUCCUCUUUGACUCCCGAUGGUCUCGCAGCACCGCUCCAUGAAUCCAAGACCACUCGGAGUGAGGAUCUCAGCAUGGAGUCGGUCAUCCGGAGCAACCCUCGGAAAAGCAGCAGGAGGAGGCGGACUCCGAGGCUCCAGUCGUCAUCGGAGUGCGGCUCAUCGAGCAAAUCCAACGAGGAGUUAGCGACUUUGACUCCUCGAGGCGACUUCAUCCAGGAAGCUGCUGAUUGCAUCGCAGCCUGUCCUCCCGCGUGUCCGAGUCCCGACUGCAUUAGUGCCAGCCAAGGGUCCGUCGACUUGUUUGGAUCGUCGGAUGAAUGUGAUGGGCCGGUCAAUGGAGGUAGUGGGUCUGUGGAAUCGUCACAGUUCAUAAGCCAAGUUCUAGUUACCCAGCAAAAACUGAAGAUGAAGAAAGAGCUAGUGAGGCUGGAGAAGUUGAUGGCGCUGGUGUCUGAGGUUUUACAGGAAAAGGAGGCCAACCCGUCUGCGCCCACAUGCUCAGAUGUGCAACAGCUCAUUGUUCCACGUGACCAGGAAGCAAACCAAGACCUCCACAGGAAAACUCCUGCAGAAGAUGCACAUUGUGCCGCGUUACAACAUAUCGGCACCGCAGAAACACCCGUGCACGAGGACAAAGAGAACAAGACCCCCGAGAGAGGCUGCGGCAAGGCUAAAAUGGUGCUGGUCUCGUCUGGAUUGGCGGCCGCCGAGCAGAUGACGGUGAAAAGGUUUGCCAAGAAAGUUGGCGCCCGUUUGGUUUCCCGGGUGACCGCGGAGGUGACUCACAUUAUAAUGCGCACAGAUGAACAAAUGGUAUGCGAACGGACGCUCAAGUACUUCCUUGGAAUUGCCGGCAGGAAGUGGGUGGUGAGCUUCCACUGGAUUUCGGAGUGCUUCAAGCAAAAGAAAGUCUUGGAUGAGAGUGACUUUGAAGUGAGAGGCGACGUGGUGAACGGGCCCCACCACCUCGGCCCCAUGAGAGCUCGCACCACCGACGACGAAAACCUACUCAUGAGGGGCUAUGAGAUCUGCUUUCAAGGACCCUUCACAGACAUGACCACAGAUGAAUUAGAGUGGAUGGUGCAACUCUGUGGAGCAACCGUGGUCAAAGAUCCUCCUGUGCUCGACAGUAAAAGGAAGUCCAAUCAGCUGGUCAUCGUUCAGCAUGGAUCGGCACAGUUCUCGUACAGCGGUCUCGCUAAACAGGCCACAGUUGUGACUCGUGGUUGGUUGUUGGACACGGUGGCCACCUACACGCUACAGGGUUACACAAACUACCAAACGUGAGCUAAAGACAUCUUUUGGUUUCAUUUCCUAAAUCGCUAAUAUGUACAAAUGUAGAUAAAUCAAAGUACAACCAUGUACAUAGUAAACCAAGUGUCACUAAUCAUACUUUAAAAAAAAAACUGUUAUUUAAUGUCUUCUGUCAACUUAAUAAAUAACUCUACUGGCAUUCAAAGGUUUGCACCCCUCUUCUGUCUCUUUGUGUCCAAAGAAGAAGUGGCAAUUCCAAAUGUAUCAGAAAAUACCGUAAUUUCCGGACUAUCAAAUGCGCACCUGAAUGUAAAACGUACCCACUAAUAAUUAAAAAAAAAAAAAAAAAAAUUAUACAUACACUAUGAGCUAGGAGACCCGAGUUCAAUUCCACCCUCGGCCAUCUUUCCUCCCACAUUCCAAAAACAUGCUAGGUUAAUUAG